AAGCUUUGAGUCGAGUCUAGCAGGAGUUUGUGAGUGACCGUUGACUGUCUUUUCUGGGAAAGUAGCGAGGGAAAUAUUUAAUUAACCUCAUGAAUUUGACAGAUUUAAUUUAGUGCGAGGCAUUUUAUUUCAGUUGCCAUACAAUAAUGGCGCUUCCCAUGUUGAGAAAUUGCAUCUUACUUACCUGUGUGUUCUUAAACUGUCUAGCCGUCAAGCUCGAGCUAGUGGCCAACCCAGACGUUGUCAAGUCAAGCGUGACGAAACAGCUGCAGGUCAACUGUACUUUCACGUUUUCAGAAGAUGAUGAUGUCAAGAAAAUGUAUACUAUAGCCAUUAGUCGAGGAAAAGGUGAAAUGGUCGCUUCCCUGUCGGCGUUCAACCCUGCUCGGCCAUUGACGGACCAGGAGUCACUCUCUGUGGCAGGUGAAAUAAUCACAGCGGCCAAGAACACCAUUGGUUAUCUAAACCUGACGUGGCCCAAUCCAGGUCAGCGUCAGGCGGGAACCUACGUCUGCACCGUCAACGCUUUAAACUUUGCGUGGGACGGGAUCACCUUCCGGACCAACUUGACCGUUCCGCUCGUGGAACCAACGGACCGUGAACUGUUUGAGUUCAAGACAUCCCAGCUGGAGGACAUGGCCAGGGAAUUUAGGGCGAGCAGGGAUGAAAAUAUGAAGAGAAUUUCUCAAACGGAAGAGGUCAUAAGACAGAUGACCUUGAGGCUGUACCAAGGUGAGGCGAAGGUCAAGGCGCUGGAAGAGAGACUGAACGAGACUCUGGUCAAGAUUUCGGACCUGGAGAAAACGCUGGAGGGACUAAACUCAAGCCAGAUUGUGACGUCACUACCGCGCGUGGAGGGAGGAAUCGUGGAGUGCGGGGACUCCAAGACCUACUACAACUUCAGGGACUCUCAGAACCACCGACGUGUCGUCAAGCAGGUGACCUUCACCUCCCAGUACAAGGCGAUCCCUACCGUUUUUCUCUCAGUGUAUCAGUUAGACGUAACCUCCAACCAGAGCCUCAACAAGACCCUCAACCCAAACGUCAAGUUUUACUUCUACCCCUCCAACAUCUCGCUCACAGGCUUCGAUCUCGUCUGUGGCACGUGGGACAACAGUUCUAUUUAUAGCAUGAACGUCAACUGGGUCGCCAUUUUGUUUUAACGUCUGACCUAAUUAAAUUGUCUGUUUAGCGUCAUUUGUUUCAGUCUCAACUAUAAAAAUGUUUGGUAAACAGAAAUCAAUAAAAUGC